GCAAUAUGAACCGUAAGGCCUUACUUUUUAGAUGUGGAAUACAGGAUUGCCGUACAUCUGUUUCAAUUUUUAAAGAUUCCUUCUUUGCUAAAACUCAUAUUACAUGUUUAGAUACUCUAUUGAUUGGCUAUCUCUGGCUUUGCAAAUGUACUUACACAUCUAUCAUCCUUAUGACUAAACAUUCACCCAAUACUAUAACCAAUUAUAUGAAGUAUUUUAGAGAAUUAGUAAUAGAUACAUUAGAAGAAGAAAUGACUAUUAUAGAUAGAGAAAAUGUGAUUGUCGAGAUUGAUAAAUCAAAAUUUGGUAAAAGAAAAUAUCACAGAGAGCAUAGGGUUAAAGAGGUUUGGGUUGUAGGUGGUAUAAAAAGAACAGAGAAAAAAAGUAUUUUGUAG